AUGACAGAAAAUGCAGAUGGUAAUUCAUCUAAUACCCCAAGUAUAACAGAAAUAAAUGAUCCAAAGCAGCUUACAGCGGUUUAUAAGAAGAACGGGUCGUUCGAUCAACGUAGAAAGCUAUUAUUAGAGGAUUUUAAAAAGUCAGAAACUCAUUCGAAUUUGCUAUUGAAAUUGAAAUUAAUGGUCGAAAAUAAGAUAAAAAAUGACCCCUCAAUACUAAUGAAGAAUAAGGGUAAAAUGGGAGCAUUGAUACAGGGUGGUAUUAUAAAUGAUCAUAUGCAACAAAAAACAGUAAAUUCCAAAAACGAUAAUAGCUUAUUGAGUAUAGUGGAUAAAGAUAUUCAAGAGAAAAUAAUAGACUCGCCAGAAUUCCAUAAAGAAUUAAAGGAUGAAUUAAAGAAUACAAAAAGAAUACUAUUAGGUAUAAGUGAUGAAGAAUAUGCAAAACAACUAGAAGAAGAAAAACGCCAAAAAGAAUUAGAAUUGGAGGAAAUAAAGAGACAGGAUGCAGAAAAAGAAUUAGCAUACAAAAACAACUUCAAAGUUAAGAACCUUAACACAAGUCAUAAAGUCACGAAACCACCUAGGUUUAACUUCUCAACGAAUAGGAACAAUGACAGGCAUGUAAGAGAUAAUUACCAGAGUCCUGGUAAUGAUAUUUCCAGUAAUGCUAACAAGAAUACUGGUAAUAAUAGUGCUGGUGAGGAUAACAAACAGAAGCAAAAUGUUCCUUACUUAAUGUAUUAG